CCGCUGGUAUUCAUGUCAGUUGUAUUGGCGGCUCGUAAACCCUAAACUAUAACAGAGAUCAGCGGAUUUAUUGAAUGGGUAUGUAACUCAUGUCAAGAGUGUCAACAGGAAUCAACUUUGUUACAUAAUAACCCGAGUCAUGGACUCGAAGCGUAAAAUGAAACGAUCUGGAAAUAUUCAAGAACCAAGUAGCAUUACAGAUGGCAGUGAGUCUGGAAGUAUGUUGUUACGGGUUCAACAUGCUCAGUCGUUGCUCACAGCCCUAGAAAACAUGCGAAGACAGGAAGAACUGUGUGAUGUGGAACUCGUGGUGGCCGGUAGAGAAAUCAAAGCACAUCGCGUUAUUCUAGCCGCUGUGAGUCCUUAUUUCAAUGCCAUGUUUACGAGUGAUGUUGUAGAAAGCAAACAGAAGGUCGUGCAUUUAAAUGAUCUGGAACCUUUGGCAGUUCAGACGGCGGUGGAAUUUGCUUAUGUAGCUAGAGUCAACAUAACGGUUGACAAUGUCCAGUCACUUUUGACUGUCGCGACUUUGCUGCAAAUGGACACCUUGACGGAAAAGUGUUGCUAUUUUUUAGAGAAUGAACUCCAUCCUUCAAACUGUCUCGGUAUACGGCGUUUUUCCGAGAAUCACGGCUGCUUUAUGCUCAGCAAAACAGCCUACGAGUAUGCUUUGCGAAAUUUCAACCACACUACACAAAUGGAAGAGUUCUUUCAAUGUCCUUUAGAGGAAGUUCUUAAACUACUGAGUGAGGACUCUCUGUAUGUGCGGCACGAGGAAGAAGUGUACGAAGCUGCUUUACGAUGGGUGAACUACAAGAAACAAGAAAGACUUAAGGCAGUUCCCCAAAUAGCUGAGACGAUCAGGUUCCCCUUGAUGGCUUGGGAGUUCCUUGUAACAAAGGUAUUGGAUGAUGGAUUUAUCGCCAGCAAAGGCGACAGCUGUCAUCUAUUUGAGGAGGCCAGGAUGUAUCAUCUAUGUCCUCAGUUGCGAAGUGACAUAAAAUGUGGCAGCCGAUUUCGGCCACGGAAAUUGUAUGGUCAGGCAGAGUGGAUAUAUGUUAUGGGUGGGGAAAUUAAUCCUGGGCGAUGCACAAUGAGAACUGUGGAAAAGUACAACCCUACAUCAAACACAUGGUGUGAAGUAUCAUCAAUGUCAACCCCUCGCCGAGGACUGGCUGCAGCUAUUUUAGAUGGUAUUCUGUAUGUUGUUGGUGGAUCAGAUGGCAUAGCUGCCUUGAAUCAGGUAGAACAGUAUGAUCCAAGCUCUGACAAAUGGUCUCCUACUACAAGUAUGAUUGAACACAGAAGCAGUGUGGGCAUAGGGGUUCUUGAUAGCUUUCUUUAUGCAGUAGGAGGGUAUAAUGGACAAGUCACUGUUAACACAGCUGAGAGAUAUAAUCCACGAACUGGAGAAUGGAAUAUGAUCACUGAGAUGAACACAGUACGCAGCAUGCUUGGAGUGGCAUCCCUGAAUGGUCAGCUUUAUGCCAUUGGUGGCUAUGAUGGUGUGACAGACCUCUCCUCUGUAGAGUUUUAUAGCAAUCAAACCAACCAGUGGCAGGUAGUGUCAUCCAUGAAGACUCCACGUUCUAUGGCGGGUGUGACAGUUUUAAAUGAUGUUUUGUUUGCUGUGGGUGGAUGCAAUGGUCAGAGUUUAGAAAGUGUUGAAAUCUAUACACCCGAGACUGACACCUGGAUGAUAAUUGCUCCCAUGAAAGAGCCUCGUAGUGGUGUGGGGACAGCUGUUAUUGAUGGUCUGUUGUAUGUUCUUGGUGGUUAUAAUGGAACAGAUUAUCUUAAUAGUGUGGAGGUUUUUCAUCCUCAGAAAAAACGAUGGACCUCAGCAACAAAUAUGAAAACAAAUAGAAGACGAUUUGGCUGUUGUUCAUAGCUUGCUUAGACCACAGAAGUGUUUACUUUGAUUGAUCAUCUCAUUUUUUUAAAUUUUAAAAGAAAUUUAAGUGAACUGCAUGAGCCCAGUUGUUUUUCAAUCUACAGUAUUAAGGGCUAACUGAUGCUGCAAAGAUGUUCUGUUAUUUUUUCAAAUGGACAAUUCUGAUUUAACUCUUUCAAGCACUAGUCCUGAUUGAGUUGUAAUACACCUGGUUGUAGGAAACAAUAAAUGGCUCUGAUAAGUCAGGA